AUGCCAAUCCCCACGCGCUCCCUCUCCCUCCGCGGACAAAGCAAACAGUCCACCGCAGGACGCACAGCAGCGAGCAAAACCCCGUCAGAGGGCGAUGGCGAUGGAUCCGCAGACACCCACUCAAGCACAAGCGCGAGCACGAGCACGACCGAUCGCAGGAAGAGUCUCCUUCCUCAGCGCAGUAAUCCCGUUCGUGAUCGAGAUCGUGAUGGUGCGGCUCCGGUGCGGCAGCUGCAGCAGGUGGAGACACGGUUACAGCGGGGGAGUCGGAUAUUGACGAAGACUCCGGGAGCACAGAAGCAGCAGGAGGAGGGUUCUUCGGAGUCCAGCACGACAUCUACAGCUACAGCGGCAAACGCUCGACGACGAAGUUUGAUACGACCUAGCCCGUUGAAGACGGGGACAGCUACAGCUACAGGCGCAGGCGCAAGGACAGGGACGGGAACGAACUUGGGCGGGAGGAUUGCUACAACGCCGAAGAGCGCGACGUUCAGCGCGCAGGGAUUGUCGACCUCGCCCAGGAAACGGGACGGAGUCUCGUCAAUGUCCCCGAAGAAAACGGAUAUGCCGCCGCCGGCACGGCCGACCCGGUCGGCUUCGAUGAGACAGCCUUUGAAAGCGGGUGCUGGCGCAGGUUCCGGGACCCCGGCCACUGGGGUUAGGCAUGUACGGCACCAGAGCCAGAUUGUAGCGCCGUUGUCGAGUCAGGGUCAGGUUUCGAAGAGGAGCGACUCGCAGUCUUCUGGGUCGACGUCUACGACGGCAGGGUUGGCGGCUGGGUCGAGAUCGAGUGGGCAGUUUACGACGUAUCAGCAGCAGUUCUCGCCGAGGAAGGUGGUGAGACCGGCGGCUGUGUCGGCUGCCAGGGCGUCCGCGGAUGGGGAUGAUUCAUUGAUUCCGGCGUCAUGGCCGGAGAUUGCGGCGCUUCAAACGGAGUUACUACAAUUGAGCUUGCUACAUCCGUCGUCACGACAGCAGAUGGCGGAACUGGAGGCCGAGUCGGAGGGACAGCUACAGGCAAAGUAUGACGCGGUCGCGAAGACGUAUCGCGCGAUUGUUGGGGAAGAAAAGAAGUGCCAGCGGUUGCUGAAUGGACAGGCCUUGAAUCGCUGGCUAGAGAAUGCCAGCGAACAUGGUGGCCGUCCGAACUUCGCCGCGCAGAUCCAGGCCUUUUCGCAGCUCGUGCAGGAAGUGUGUGAUUGGACCGACAGUCUCGGAGGGAGGUAUACGAUGCUUGUCCAGGAAUUCGAGGAAUGGUUCCGGAAAGCGCAAGCGAUCGAGAGCAUGCGACUUCAUCGACAACAGGGAGAUGCGAGCCAUGUGGUUUUCAUUGAUCCGAUCGAUCGCGUAUGGAAGAACGAGGUGCACGCCAUGACUAUGAGGCUUGAACAGAGCUCGAGGCAGCUGCAGAGCCUGGAUAUUGCGGGCUACGACGGACCAGAGCAAGCACUAGCUGAUGCUGCACUUGUGCGCACAGCCAAGGGACUAGACGUGAUGAUCGCUUCGAUGGUGGACGAGUUGAAAGCGAUACGUAGGAUCGAAGCGCAGAUUGUAAGGUCGGAGAGGCAGUGGGUUAGUCAGCUCACAGCCGAAUUGGCUGCAACCCACCCGCGAGAUGCGAGGGGCCCGAGGCCUGGAAUGUGGAGAACUGCGCUGUUGAGGUCAUAG